CUGGUACCAGUGAGACUGGUUCAGCGCCGGCCCUGGUCAUCCGACACAAGAGGCCAAGUCCCUUCCGGAUCACGUCCUCGCCGUCUUCGCCAUCUGGUCGGCCCAAGCUACCCACUGGCCGUUGCAGCCUCACAUCCCGUGGGCAGCAUGGAAAAUGACUCGACCUUCGUUGCCCCCGAAGGCGUGUACUCAGUGACGGAAGAGCACAAGCCGACAGUCUCGGUGGGCCAGCAUACAGUCAACGCGGUCCCCAUCCUCUACCCCACACGCCUUUCCGCAGUAACUGUCCGCUACCCCACGAACAAAUCUGUCAACUCGCCGGUCUUUACGCAGCUGCUGGGAGGGAAUCGAGAGAAGGAGAGUAAGAGGGACAAGGACAAGGACAAGGUGCCCUCCAAGGCGGAGGAUGGCCUGAGCAUCUCGAGUAGCGAGGAUCCAGACGAUGCUUCACCAGACGUCUCGACGGCCCCAGGGCCGGAGAACGUGAAGACGUCGCCCAUGGUCGGGCAUGACAUGCCCAACAACAUCUUCUCACAUACGCCUGCCGGCAAGAAGAAGGGGACGGCGCGUCCCAAGCACAACAUGCGGACUACAUCCUCCACGUUCAUUACCCGCUUGCAGAACGCGGAUAAUCUGCAUAGGAAUCUGCAAUCGAAGCAGGGGGAGACCACCUUCCUGUUCUACAAUGCGGCGAAGAGCUUCAUAUGGACAGAGGCGGGUACCAAGGCGAAAGACACAUUUGCCAGGAUCCAUUUCUCAGCCCAUCCCACUUGUCACGAUGUAAACCUCGCAACGGUGUGUCCGGAACGAAUAGACGUCAUUAUCGGGUUCAACACCGGGGAUCUUCUGUGGUUCGAUCCGAUGUCUUCCAGAUAUGGCCGUCUGAACAAGCAGGGUCGCAUAUGUAGCUCCCCAUGCACAGCAGUUCGAUGGGUGCCUGAUUCACCAAACCUAUUCCUCGUCUCCCAUGCCAACGGCACCAUUCUCGUAUACGACAAGGAACGCGAGGAUGGUGCAUUCGUCCCGCAAGAGCCAGGGGCGCCCUCUGGGUCCGCGCCUGCUUCGCCAGUAGAGGGCACUGCUUCGGGCUCCUCCAUGGGAGAAUGGGAUCCGCUAGACAGCAUCUUCGUGACCAUGCCACCUUGGCAUCCUGUCACUGCUGGUGGUGUGAUAUCCGGCGGAGGGAAGCAGGACAAGGAUAAGACUGCCAAAAACCCUGUCAGCCACUGGAAGGUGUCUCGUAAGAGCAUCGUAGACUUUGUUUUCUCACCAGACGCAAAGUUCGUCGCCGCCAUAUCUGAGGAUGGCUGUCUCAGAGUUAUAGAUACCAUUGCGGAACAGCUUGUCGAUUGCUACGCUUCCUACUUCGGUGCUCUCAGCUGUGUAGCGUGGUCUCCAGAUGGGCGUUUCAUCGUCACUGGAGGUCAGGACGAUCUAGUGACGAUCCUCUCGCCAUGGGAGCAGCGAGUCAUCGCUCGCUGUCAGGGUCAUUCCUCAUUUGUCUCUGCCCUCGCGUUCGAUGACAUUCGUUGCGAUGGUCGCACCUACCGGUUUGGCAGUGUUGGUGAAGACAACAAACUCAUUCUGUGGGACUUUUCAAGCGGGGCACUCCAUCGACCCAAGGUACAUGUCUCGCAUCAACAACGACUAUCGAUGACCUCCUCGUUGUCUCUCGCCCUCCGUAGACGAGGGGAGUCCACACUAUUCCUAUCACCCAACGGUGCAGAGCCCAUGCCACGCUACCAUCCCGCGCCGUCUCGUAACGAGGUGGCAGUUGUACAGCCAGUGCUUGUCAAACACAUCGGUGCCGAUAUGCUGACCGACAUCAUGUUCAUGUCUCGAGGCAUCCUCACGGCGUCCAGAACAGGCCACAUCAAGUUGUGGAUCAGGCCACUCGUGGUGAAGCCACGUCAUUUGCGGCACCAGAGCGCAUACCGGAGGGACUCAUGGGUAGACGUUGCUGCUUGAUUCCGCUCUCCAUUCGCUACCGUUAUCAUUAUUCAUCGCAUACUAUAUUUUGACAUCUCCCUCAGAUCUUGCUUUCGACCACCACGUUCUACAGACUGAAUUUUGCAUCGCUGCGUUAUA